AUGAGUUUAUAUCCACCCAAGAAAUCUUUUGAAGAAGUCGAGCUAAAUACUAAUCCCAACUUGCCUCCAUGGUUAAUAACGCCCAAAGAAGAAAAAAUCAUAUUUGAGAGAUGGAGAAAGAAGGCUUUUGCUAAAUGUGACGAUUUAAUUAAAGCAUACGUUGAAUGUUCAAACAGUUAUUCAAAUCCAGUUGAAGGAAUGAAGAAAUGUGAUUCAAUUAAUAAAGAAUCCUUAGGUUGUGUAGCUAAAUAUCAAAAAAUGGAAUAUCUAGAUAUUGAAAGAGAUAUCUACAUUAAAGAAAAAGCUGAAAAACAAAAAUUGUAUAAAGAAUUAUUAAACAGAAAACAAAAGGAACAAGAACUGAAAAAUUAA